AUAAAUCUACUUUCACACCUUUCGACACCACUUUUGCUGCGUACAAAGCAAGUUCUUACUGAACUGGUCACUCACUAAGCAACGAAAGCAGCAAACAGUGCGGAAACAGAGUGCUUCUCUGUUUGGAGUCUAAGAAGAAUGGGAGAAGGGAAAGGAUCGACUCUAGUACAUCUUCUAGUGGUGGUUCUUAGUCUUGUUGCUUUUGGAUUUGCCAUUGCUGCUGAAAGACGAAGAAGCGUUGGCCAUAUUGAGAAAGAUCUAACAAAUGCUACAUACUGUGUCUACAACUCUGAUGUUGCAACUGGUUAUGGAGUAGGCUCUUUCUUAUUUCUCCUUUCAAGUGAAUCACUAUUGAUGGGUGUGACAAAGUGUAUGUGUUUUGGAAUACCAUUAGCCCCGGGUGGGGAUCGAGCUUGGUCCAUCAUUUACUUUAUCUCAUCAUGGUUGACUUUUCUGGUUGCAGAAGCAUGUCUAAUUGCAGGUGCAACAAAAAAUGCAUACCACACUAAGUACAGGGGGAUGAUAUAUGCUCAAAAUUUCUCGUGUGAAUCAUUGAGGAAAGGUGUUUUUAUUGCUGGAGCAGUGUUUGUAGUUGCAACAAUGGUUCUUAAUGUAUACUACUAUAUGUAUUUCUCCAAGGCUACUGCCCCUCAGACAGCCCAUAAAGCAAAGCGCACCAGUUCAAGUGUCGGGAUGACUGGGUAUCCAUAAAAUCAUCUAUGGCAGAAAACUAAGUUUUGUUUCUUGAUAUUUUGAGUCUGUUGUGGUGAUUACAUUAUGGAAUUGUACUGAGAUGUACAUUGUGUUUAAUUUAGUGAUAUAUACGUGACGCUUAUGAUUUAUAAA